CCAGAGAGAAGAGAUAGGAGUCCUGUGUGGGCCUGGAGCUUGUGGGCCAUGGAGCAGCCUCUGGACCUGUUCGAUUCCAUCGUGAUGGCGGAGGAGAGAUAUCACGGUGAAGGCUAUCAGGAAGGGUACGUGGAGGGCAGCUGUUUGGGCAUGACGGAGGGAAGACAAUAUGGAGUCUCACAUGGCGCUAAGAUAGGGUCAGAGAUUGGGUGCUAUCAAGGUUUUGCAUUUACGUGGAAAUGUCUGCUCGCCCAGCGCCCAACUGAAAAAGACAGUAAGAAGAGGAAGAUGCUAGACUCCCUCCUAGGGAUGGUGCAGAAAUUCCCUUAUGCUGACCCCACGUACGCCCAGCUUCACGAAGACUUAGAUAGAAUUAGAGGGAAGUUUAAACAGGUUUGCUCUUUGCUAAGCAUUCAGCCCAACUUUAAAGUGAAUUCUGGAGGCUCGGCCCUUUCGUUCUGAGCUCGACAGGAACCAGAAGAAAUGUUAAGGAACAGACGUCUGGAUGUUAAGUGUUUAAAAAGGAGAUGAAAAGUCCAAACAAUGAAUGGGUAUUCAUUGUCCUGAAGGGAGGGUUCCAGUCUUGCCAUGAAAAGACUUCCCUCGGCGGUUUUUGGAGCUGGAGCCGCAAGGCCUCUCCUUUGUGUCCUCUCCAUACAGGACCAUUCUUUGUCAGGGAUGCGUUUGUGCUGCGGGGCCGAGCUCCUUUGAAAAGUCGUGGUUUCUGUAAUCCUCUGCAAGAACGGUCAGUCCCCUACCCUCCUCCUCCUCCUUCCCCCGAGAAAUAGUAAAAAGAACUGAGAAUGCAGAUUGAAAUGAGCAGGUUGAAAACCCACAUCGUUGCCCCAGUGCAAAACAGGGAAUUCCAGGCAUUCAUUCUAAAUUGCUGACAGGAACCAAAUCCUCUCCCUUUGCCAAUGAUGCUUCAUUGAACGUGAGGAGGCUGUUUGAUUCUGACCCAGUGGAACAGAUCUGUAUUGGCAGCCGACAACGCCUGGAGCCCUCACCAGAGAAGAUUUCCGAGGGAAAAAAGGAAAAAAAUGGUUUCAGGUCAUCCUUAUUUUCU